GGCAAAGAAGGCCAUGCCACCUGCCCUUGGCUAGACAGGGAUGGUGAACACAUUUUGGUUCCUAUCCCAGCAGGCCGGAGGAUCAUGUCUGGUUCCAGGAGCCGCCUGAGCAAGUCCUGGCAUUCGGCUGAGAUGCCCAGAUGAGUGGGGAAGGACACCCUCUUCUGCUGCUGCCACAGCAUCUUGGGGAUGUCUGUGUCAUCAAAAGGUAGGCUGGCACAGAGCAUGACGUACAGGACCACGCCCAUGCUCCAGACGUCACCCUUCUUGCUAUCGUGGGGAAUACCCUGAAGCACCUCUGGGGCGGCAUAGGCUGUGCUGCCGCAGAAGGUCUGGCUCAGCUCCUGGCAUGAUUUGGGCAACACCUUGGCGAAGCCAAAGUCUGUCAGCUUCAGGUUGAAGCCCUGCAACAAAGCAUUCUCGCACUUGAGGUCCCGGUGAGCCACACCACAGCCAUGGCAGUAGCGGAUGGCCUCGACCAUCUGACGGAAGAGGGCCUUGGCCCGGCUCUCGGGCAGUGGCCCCCCAUUCAGCACGCAGUCAAAGACAUCCCCUCCUUCAGCCAGCUCCAUCACCAGGUAGAUUUUCCCGUCGGCAGACUCCAGCGUCUCGUACACUCGGAUGAUGUUCUUGUGGUCCAGGGUGCGGACAAUCUGGAGCUCCCGAGGCAGGAAUCUCUGGAUAAACUCUACGGAAACAAGGGAAAAGAGAUGGAGCAUCAAGUGCAGAAGGGCCUAACUCCUCCCUCCUGUCUGCUGCCUUCCAACUUCUGUCUGCCUAUCUCCCCACCAUGUCUGGGUCUUGUGCCUUGGUUCCCUUUCAUAGUCUUUAAUGUCUGUCUGCUUGGACACUGCAAAGAAUGUUCACCUCUAUUGUUUUUGUAGUUAAUAUAUUACUGAAAGGAACUACUCCCUGUCAGCCUCAGGGACUGUUGUGAGCAGCCUGUGAGACCAUGGAUAUCAAAGUGCUUUUAGACUUUUAGACUAUUAGGGACUUCUAGACAAGGCUAUUGAAUCUCAGUUACGAGGCCUGAUUUGCCCACAGCGUGGUGAGCCCGCUCCUCUCACGUCUGCCUCCUGACCCACAGUUCUUUCCAUGAGCCCUGUCUUUUCCCCAUCUCUGCCUUUGUUGGCUCCAGCUCCUGCCCUCUGCUAGCCCUGGCCAUGGCCUCGCCAGUCUCUGUUCCCCUCCUGGAAUAGGAAAGGCCUAGUGGGCUCUGGCUCUGCUUCUGAGGAUCCUUCACCUCCUGCCACUUUAAUCUUGGAUUUUAGAGGGUGUGAUUUUCCUGGACUCCCAGCAUCCCUGUGUUCCCCACUGACCUACCCCAGAGCCACAGUCUCUCUCGCUUUCCUUGGUUCCAGACUAAAGGGGAGGAGGGAAUGAUCCUUCUGACUGGAGGAAGCAGCCACCCACCUCAGCCAGCCCUCGCUUCCUCCAAAGGGGCCCCAGCUCACCUUCUGGCCCUCCCAUCUUGUCUAUAAUUUUAAUCGCCACUUUUCUUUGGUGUUUUUUGGAAACUGCUUCUUUGACUUUUGAGUAGGUCCCUUCCCCAAUGGUCUUGCCCAGCUGGUACCCAUUGUAGAGCAGAAAGUCCUCCAUGCUGUCUAGCACCUCCUUCCUUCCUAUCACCCUCUCAGCUCAUGCUGCCUCUGCGAGGCAGCUCUACUCCACCAUCGCCCUUGGCCUGCUCCUUUUCAUCCGCAGCCGCCCCCAGCGCUGUAACAUUCUCCGUCUGGACACACAAGCCGCGGGUGGUGGGAAGGGAGAGGGUCAGACAUUUUAAAACUCUGGCCCAAUUGUGAUGUAGAUGUUGUGUGACUCUUGGCCAAAAUGGGCAAUGCCCCCUGCCUGCCCUCACCACCACCACCAAACCCAGAACGGGUUAAGUCACGGCUGCGCUCAGCCCCCGCGCCAGGUAGUGAGUCGCAGCCCCGCCUGUGGGGGGCGCUCCGGACGUCUGCGCGCGGCCCAGGAUGCCGGGCUCCUUUCCGUGGACACAGCCUCCUGCUCCCCCAUCGGGCAGCUGGGGGUCUGCGCGACCCAUGGCAAGAGCCCUCCAACUACCGGCUCGCGCCGCGCUAAGUGCCAGGGCGGCGCGAGGUUCCCCGGCGGGAGGAACGGGUUCUAUGAGGUCAGCGCGCCACGGCCUGGGUCACAAUGCAGCCCUCCCCCUCGACGCCCGGGCCCCGACGCGCCGCAGACACCUGCCCGGCUCCGCCUGGACCGGAGCGUCCUCAGGCGGCCAGGGCUCGGGCAGCUGCUUCCAGCCUGGGACCGGCCUCGGCCUCCGGCAGAGCGCCCCGGGGCCCGGACAUGAGUGCCCAGGAGGCCCCGCAGGGUCGGAGAUUCCCCAUUGAGGCCGGAGACUCCCCUGGCUUUGCCGCCCCCCGCGAGUCCCAGGACAGCUCGGAGCGGGUAGCUACGGAGCACAACCCGGUCAGGCCGCUUCGACGCUGCCCCGGCUGCCACUGCCUGACGCUGCUGCACGUGCCCAUCGACGUCUACCUGGCCUUGGGCGGGAGCCCCCGGGUCCGCGCCACCUGAGUGCGCCUGUGCACGGCAGCUCCGCUGGAGCCGGACGUGUACGAGGCCCGCCGCGGGCCACCACGCUGAGGUCGCGCGCGCCGAGCACGAGACAGUGAUGCACAUUUUAAAAUAAAAGAACGG